ACUUCCUCUCUUAUCGUCGGUGUCGAGCAGGAAGAUGGCUAAGCGCACCAAGAAGGUUGGGAUUGUGGGUAAAUAUGGUACCCGUUACGGUGCGUCCCUUAGGAAAAUGGUGAAGAAGAUCGAAAUUAGCCAGCAUGCCAAGUAUACUUGCUCCUUUUGUGGCAAGACCAAAAUGAAGAGGAAGGCUGUGGGUAUCUGGCACUGUGGAUCCUGCAUGAAGACAGUUGCUGGUGGUGCGUGGACUUAUAAUACCACCUCUGCAGUGACAGUCAAAUCUGCAAUCAGAAGACUGAAGGAAUUGAAGGACCAGUAGAAGCUACAUCCUGUUCUCCUUGUGAAACAUCCUUUUUUUCCGCUGUCAAGAUCUGUCCUUUUAACAAUAAAAAGGUGAUAAUGGA